CUUUAACGGUGUAUCCUUCCCAUUCCCUCCGUCGAACUCAACAGAGAACCCUAGCUUAAACCUCCAUAGUCAGUCACUCACCCGUCGCUUAACCCUUGUCAACGAUGAAUACAUCAUCAACAAAUCUGCUAGAGGAAGCCCUCAUCGGCGAAGUCAUAGUUGCUGGUUCCUCAAUGCGCGGCCGUGUGGUGGUGAUUGGAGACUGCGUGGAGACCAACGGCGGAUUCCUGCUCCACCACUUUAUCAAACGCUCUCUGUCUCCUAACUCAUCCAACGUCGUCGUUUUCCUUGCCUGGGCGCAGCCUUUUUCACACUACGAUCGUAUCCUCCGUAAAAUGGGUUGCAACUUAGGUGCAUACAGGGAUAGUAAAAGAUUCAUAUUUCUGGACAUGCUCAUGAUGGAGGUUCCAGACAGAUGGAGGGGAAACUGUAGAAAAUGGACUACUUGCUAUAUAUGGAAAACUUCAGAAAGCAGUGGAAACUUCUUAUAUGCCAGAAGGCUCGCGAAACAUAACAGUUAUGAUUGAUGAUGUAUCUCAGAUUGAAGUGGCUGUGAAUGGAUCGUCAAAUCACGUAUCAGAUUUUCUGCAUUAUUGCUACACCUUGACAACAGAAUAUGGCUGUUCACUCGUGACCCUUAAUCACGAGGACAUCUAUCUUAGCAUGGAUAAGCCGGUAUUGUUUUUGCAAAUGGAACAUGUUGCUGAUGUGGUGAUAAAAACAGAACCUCUGACUACUGGUUUGGCAAGUGAUGUGCAUGGACAGAUGACAGUUAUAAAUAGAGGAGUUGGUAGUUACGGGUCAAGAAGCGCUAGGGCGAAGGUCCAUAAUUUCCACUUCCAAGUGAAGGAAAGUAGUGUAGAGUACUUUUAUCCUGGGACUCGGAAUUGAGGAGUAGCAAAUUUAUCCAAUUGUGUUUCAGCCUGGAAUGUGCUGCUCUGGGUACUGCAUGUGAAGAAGAAAAACAAUAGACAUCUUUUUAUUGUCAUUCAAAUAAACUUGACCAUCCAUCUCUUGGCUUUCCAGUUAAGAUAGCUUUUAGUGAUUGUAUAGUGUGUUUAUAGUCAUCAGGGAAAUCCAUGCCCUACAAAUCACUCAAACCUUGGGCAAGCAAUUGAAAUUGACCGUAAAGUAGACUCCCAUAAUGCGCAUA